CAUUAUUUUUUGUGAUUCCAUACUAACUGCAAAAUGAAGAUCAACAUGUCAAUAAUAGUACUGAUGAUGGUAUUGAUCCUGAUCACGCAAACCUAUCAACAAUCUUUUCCACCUCUAUUUCAAGGUCUUCUGAAAGCUUUGAGGGAAGGAUUACAGUACUCGAGUAAUGAACCAACAGAUCGACCUAUUAUAUUGAAGGAGUAUGAUUUUAUCAUCGUCGGAGCUGGCAGCGCAGGAAACGUUAUAGCUAAUCGAUUGACAGAGAUACCUGAAUGGAAAGUAUUAUUGAUUGAAGCAGGAUGCGAGGAGAGCAUCGUGAUGGAUACUCCUAUAUUAGCAAAUAUGAUACAAUUCACUCAAGCCAACUGGAAUUAUAAAACGGUGCCAUCAAAUGAGUAUUGUUUAGGAAUGAACAACCAUCAAUGUAAUUUUCCCAGGGGUAAAGUAAUGGGUGGAAGUAGUGUAUUGAAUUACAUGAUUUACACUCGUGGACACUGGAAAGAUUUUGACAAUUGGGCCAAUAUGGGUAACACUGGAUGGGAUUAUCAAAACGUGCUGAAAUACUUCAAAAAACUCGAAGAUGUUCAAAUCCCUCGCUAUGCAUCUGAUACAACUUACCGAAGCACUGGAGGAUAUCAGACCAUCACCGAAGCCCCUUAUCAUUCAAAAUCUGCCGAAACUUUCGUAAAAGCAGGCGUUGAAAUGGGUUUCCCAACACCCGACAUAAAUGGUCAAUUUCAAAUUGGCUUCUCUUAUCAUCAAUUAACCAUGAGAAACGGUACCAGAUGCAGUACAUCCCGAGCCUAUUUACAUCCGAUUCGUGAUCGACCAAACCUACACGUGAAAAAAUACAGCACGGUUACCAAAAUACUAAUAAAUCCGAAAACCAAAGUCGCCUAUGGGGUGGAAUUUCAGAGAAAAAAACGCAAAUUUAGAGUCUUAGCAAGGAAAGAAAUAAUUCUAUCAGCAGGUGCAAUAAACUCUCCCCAAUUACUCAUGCUAUCUGGUAUUGGACCUCGAGAACAUCUGGAAGAAAAAGGCAUCCCAGUGAUUGAAGAUUUACCAGUAGGAGAGAACCUGAUGGAUCACGUAGCCCUGGGUGGAAUGAGUUUCACGAUGAACGAUAAAGUUUCAAUAAUGACCCAUCGACUUCUAGAAGAUCCGUAUUCUAUCAACGAUUUCCUUCAUUAUCACCGAGGACCUAUUUCCAUUCCAGGAGGUACAGAAGCUCUUGCUUUUUUCGAUCUGGAGGAUUUAAAUAAUAUAGGCGGGCAUCCUGAUUUAGAAUUAUUAUUCAUCAAUGGAAUGUUGAGCAGUGAGGCAACAUUACGAAAAAAUUUUGGUAUCACUGAUGAAAUAUAUGAUCGAGUGUAUAAACCUAACGAAGGCGUUGACGGUAUUACUAUUUUUCCUAUGGUACUUCGCCCUAAAAGUAAAGGACGUAUUUUACUCAAUGAUGUCAAUCCGUUUCGUCAUCCUUUAAUAUAUCCCAAUUAUUUUUCCGAUGAAAGAGAUCUCGAUGUUUUAGUGAAAGGUGUUCGGCUUAGUCAAAAGUUGAUUAUUGAAACUGAAGCGAUGAGAGGUCUGAAAACAACUCUUUUGAAUGUAUCGUUGCCUGGUUGUCUUAAUUAUACUUUCGAUUCGGAUGAUUAUUGGAAAUGUCACGCUAGAAAUUUACCUUUCACCAUAUAUCAUUUAUCUGGUACUUGUAAAAUGGCUCCUGUAACAGAUUCAACUUGUGUGGUGGAUCCUAGACUCAGGGUUAAGGGGGUUAAAAAUCUCAGAGUUGCUGAUGCGUCUAUAAUGCCGGAAAUUACAGCAAGUCACAUUAAUUCACCUACCAUCAUGAUUGGAGAAAAAGCUUCGGAUCUUAUAAAACAAGAUUGGAAUGUAGAAAUAGAAUUAUUUUAACUAUAGGUAUGUACUUGUAUGAAGCUGAUUAUUAUUAUGAAAAUGAGAUCGAGUGAUGAUGGCUUAAUCAGAGCAUUUCUAGCAUAAAAAAAUAGAAACAAAAAAAUCACUCAAUUUUUCUAUAGCAAAUUUUCUCUUGUUUUAUAGAGUUGCUGUUUUUUGUGAAUGCUCAAAUGAUCAUAUGCUUCAUUCACAUCAUUUUGGAUUACGUUUACCUAUAUGUAUUAUUUUCAGCCAUGUUCACUUCACUACCUAAGUGAAUUUUGGAUAACUUUUGUGAUAUUUGUUCUGUUCCUACAAAUCUGCCAAUAAAUUUUACGUUUGAAUGA